AUGAUGUCACUCUGAUGUCUCAUUUUGUACCUCAGCAUAUUUUUUAACUUCAGCUUGAGCUGAUUUGUACACGUUUGAUUUGCGUGCUUGUGCCUCUGAAGCUUUUCGUAAUGAAUUACUGCAUGCCAGACAUGUACGACACGGCUCACGUUGUAAACGGGGGAUACACGGUCCCGCCUGGAGGCGAGUACUGCAUGUACGGUGGCGAGGGAUCUUGUUUUGCUCAGUGUGAGCCGCAACCGUUGCACCACCACCCUCCCAACAUGGAGCAGGCCUGGCCACCCACCCAGCCGUAUGGGUGCCCGUUCACAGGUGCUAACCCAAUGUUCAAGAACGAGUUAUGCAGUAUGGAGAUCCCUCUCAGUCACUACCACCAACCCGAAUACUACUGUGAUGGCCGGCCGGACUUCUCUCAGAUGCAGUGGAUGCAGGGCCUGCACAAGAAAGGGUACAUACCUAGUUACCUGGACAAGGAUGAGCUGUGUGUUGUGUGUGGGGACAAAGCAACUGGUUAUCAUUACCGCUGCAUUACCUGUGAGGGCUGCAAAGGUUUUUUCCGGCGCACAAUCCAGAAGAACUUAAACCCGACAUACGCGUGUAAGUAUGAGGGGAAGUGUGUCAUUGACAAAGUCACCCGAAACCAGUGCCAGGAAUGUCGCUUCAAGAAAUGCAUUGCUGUCGGCAUGGCAACAGACUUGGUGUUGGAUGACAGCAAGCGUCUGGCCAAGCGGAAGCUGAUCGAGGAGAACCGCGAGCGACGGAAGCGUGAGGAACUGCAGAAGACGGUGUGGGAUCGACCGGAGCCCACACAGGAGGAGUGGGAGCUGAUCCGCGUUGUCACAGAGGCGCACAUGGCCACGAACGCCCAGGGCAACCACUGGAAACAGAAGCGCAAAUUCUUGGUCGAGGAAGCAAUGCUACUUAAUGAAAUAACAUGUAAUUUAUUCUGUACUUCUGACCAGAGUGCAGUGGGGGUGAAGGAAGCCAAGCCAGAAGACAUCGGUUCAGCGCCCAUCGUCAACGCCCCAGAGGGAAGCAAAGUGGACAUAGAAGCCUUCAGUCAGUUUACAAAAAUUAUCACCCCCGCCAUCACACGUGUCGUGGAUUUUGCCAAAAAGCUGCCCAUGUUCUGUGAGCUGCCUUGUGAAGACCAGAUCAUCUUACUGAAGGGUUGCUGUAUGGAGAUCAUGUCUUUACGAGCGGCCGUACGUUAUGAUCCCGAAAGCGAGACCCUGACUCUAAACGGAGAGAUGGCUGUCACACGGGGCCAGCUCAAGAACGGGGGUCUGGGUGUGGUCUCAGAUGCCAUAUUUGAUCUGGGAGUCUCAUUAUCCUCCUUCAACCUGGAUGAUUCUGAGGUGGCGUUACUGCAAGCCGUCAUUCUCCUCUCAUCCGAUCGUCCAGGUUUAACGAGUGUGGAAAGGAUCGAGCGCUGUCAGGAAGAGUUCCUCUUGGCCUUUGAACAUUACAUCAACUACCGUAAGCACAAGGUGGUGCACUUCUGGCCCAAGCUGCUGAUGAAGGUGACGGACCUGCGCAUGAUUGGUGCCUGCCAUGCCAGCCGGUUCCUGCACAUGAAGGUGGAGUGUCCCACGGAGCUAUUUCCACCCCUUUUCCUGGAAGUGUUCGAAGACUGACGGCCACCCAGUGAGGCCAAGCUGCUCCAUCAACACCAACCUCCACAGAUCCAACCUCCUCUCGAACUCUGUCGCCCUGUUCCUGGUCACAUGACUCUGUUCUAUUACUACUGAGCGUCUUUUCAUUCCGUAGUUUUAGGAGUAGCUCUCUGGCCUCGUUUGAACGCAACCAUUCCUUUUACAAUGCGGGUACAUGUGAAUAGCGUUAUUCAACUUCUUUUUUGUUUUGCUUUCUUUUUUGUAAAAAUUAAUCUUUCGAUUUCUCUAGAAUAAUUUUUUUAUGUAAAACUGUUUCAUUUGUGAUCAUAGUCUUUGAUGCAGCUUCUAUGAGAUGUAUGAACUAUGCAUUCAAAGGGUUUCGUUUUGAGUAGAAAACGGUAUCACAUCAGGCCUUGGGGAAAUAGCGUCAAAUAGAAGCACACUACAAAGGAGGAAAGCAAUUCUCCUUUUUACUUCAACGUUCACUUCCCCUUAUCUGUGGGUCUAAAGGUAUUUUCAUUUGCCAAGGUUAUGAAAAUCAGGGGUGUAUGAACGAUUUGUGAACGAAAAGUGGAGGGCACCCAUUACAGGGUUCCCACAUUCAAGGAAAACUUGAAAAUAUUAGGAAAUAUCAAUUUAAAAGUUGUGAUUUCCAGUCCCAGACAUGUCAUGGAAAUUAAUACAAUUUUUAGUUCAACUCGAAAAUGUUUUUUUGGCGAGAAAUUGUUCUUUAUGAGUGCAAUAUCUAUAAAACUCUUUUUUAAAUUCUAAAAUCGUGUAGUUAAUUUUCCAGUAAUCAUGAAAGACUGGAAAAGUCUUCACUGGUGAAAAGGGGUGAGAACACAGAUAUUAAGGCCUAACUGCUGAUUGUUCCAAAACCUAGACAGCUGCCUACAUAUGCAUUUCUGUAUGGCAAAACAUCAGUUAUAAUGAUGGUUAUGCCUCUGAAUAAAACCAUAGUUCUUUUUCAGAUCUUCACAAAACUCCAGUUUGAGUUCCUGAGCACACAAACAGGCACUCCCAAGAAUAAACUAAAAGGGUUUUAUGACAUUGAAAGAUGGUCUUUAAAGACUUUAGCCCUUGAAGUGAAAGUUGGCAGAAAUACACACCAGGUGCCAAAAACGUCCUUACAAAAAUCUUACCGUCUAAACUUGUGUUGGGCUGCUCGGAGGAAUUUGAGGUCAUGAAUUUGAAUCCUGCCCUGCUAGAACAACUGACCUACCUGGCUGAUUUAGAUGGAACUCUGUUUAGUUUCAUUUUUCUUCCUGUCUGUAGCUGUCAUGUGAUAGAUCCAAGGCGACGCUUCUGCUUGAACUUGUUGGUGCUAUGAGUUUGCCGAUUUAUACCUCUGUCAGUGCUCUCAUUAACCUCAGAAUUGAACAAAACACACAAACUCUCAUUCACACACACACAAAUACACAACACUUAGCUCAGUGGUCACCCCUGCAUUCUGUGAUGGAUGUGUCCAUGAUGCUGUUUCAACUGUUCUCAUUUCUGUUUUUCUUGUAGAGUUUUUAAUCUUUCAUCCUCGUGUGCUGCAAAAGAGUUUGAAUCUCACAUACCUCUACUGAUUAUCAGGAAGCAACAGAACUGGUUAUUUUCUUUUUGUUGAAAGAUAACAUUAAUUCAAACUCGCACCUGGCAGCACAAUGAAUCAGUGUUUUUUGUAAGCAAUAGAAUUAUACAUGUGGUUUUACAUGUUUUGGAUUACACAUACAAGCACAUACAUGCCAACAUCGUGUUACUGCACAGACAAUCAAUGUGUGAGCAGAGAGAGGAAGAGAGACAUGUAGAGGGAGGGAAGGGUCAUAGCCAGGGUCCAAAAUUAACCUUUGCCAAGCACCAAAUGCAUUUAGCUGGUGAAUAAAUCUUGGCAGUUGAUGAGAAACUUUAUUAGCAACUGGAAAAUUGUGUGGUUUAAGUCAAACUGAAGAUGCAUAUAAAAUCUCCAAAAUACGCUAACUUGAGGCGGAACAUUUUUCUAUUCAGUAAGAAGACAUGCACAUAAACUACAAUGGAAACACAUUUACCCAAUAUAUAGAACUGAUAUUGGAAUAUAGAUGAGCAUCUAACAUGUCAUGUGGCUUUGCUCCAACAAGCCAUUUGAAUACAUAAUUUGCUCAGCGAAUUCAUCAAUAUCAUCCCAUAACUGAAAUAUUGUUCUGGUUAUUCAGAAAAGCCAAAGUCUGUCAUCAAAAUUAUUGGCUACUAUUAUCUCCCAGAACAGUGUGACAUGCUUUCGCUUCCAGACAAAACGCAUAUGCCACUGAAUGCUAGCUAAAAUGAAUUUCAUCAAAGCAUUUAUUCUGCGGUCUAAACUCUAAGUCAAGUCAAGUCAAUUCAAUUUGAUCUGUAUAGCACAUUUCACAACACACAUUGUUUCAAAGCAGCUUUACAGAAGAUCAGCAUUAACAGACAAUACAACUGUAAUGUCUAUAAUGUUUAUGAAUCAUCAUUGUGUAGUUUGAUUAAAUACGAUUGUGAAUUGUGUUUAAAAAUAAAUAAUUAAAUAAUAAUUGUAUUAAUAACCCAGAUAGAUACGCAGCUGAAGGCGACUGUGGCAAGGAACACAAAACUCCAUAAGAUGUUGAUUAAUGGAGAAAAAUAACGUUGGCAGAAACCAGACUCACUGUGGGGGCCAGUUCCCCUCUGACUAACAUAAUGAAUAUUAUGUAAAUAUUACUUAUGUAUAGUUAAAGUCAUGGUUUAAAAUUAUUAAACUAAGUAAGUGUUAAGGGUCAGUGUUUAAACAUCGAUUUUGUUUGAACUGUAAGAUUAAUGACCAAUGUCUUUGAAGUCCAUCCUGGAUUAACUGCAGAAGUUCACAUAGAUGUAUUGUCCUUGUUAGUUGAAGGUUUUUGUUGACAAUUAAUUGAUAAUCUAUGUAUUCAGUUUCAAGAGUGUAGUCCAUCAUUAGACUGAGGUGAUGCAGGCAGAGAUCAGUGAGGUGCAUCGCAGUUCAACCGGCUGGUAAUUUCGGUGAGUUCUAUCCUAAGUCCAAGGUUCAGGCAAUGGGAUAUGAAGUAUCCCAUGUCUUAUGGAGUUGGCAUCAGUUCGUACCCUGAAGUCCAUCAUAAUAGACUGAAGUUUAGUGCAUUUAGUUGUCAUCAUUCAGAGACACAUAGCAAUGGAGUCUGACACCAAGCUGGAACAGAGUUGGAUCUAUCCUGCUCUGCUAACAGGGAAACAAAUAGAAUAAUAUUAGCGUAGAUGACAUUCAAUUAUAUGCAGAAUUAUAGAUCAUGAUCACUGUUUCUGGUUCUGACAGACCUACUGUAACUAAAGCAGCCUAAUUGUGAGUUGAUGGAUAGAUUAUGUUAUUAAAAACAACAUUUUAAAAUGAAUACCGAAUUUAACAGGUAGCCAAUGUAAUGAUGAUAAAAUGGGGAUGAUAAAAUUAUUGAACUUGCUGGACAUCCUCCCAGUAAUGCAUUACAAUAAUCUAGUCUUGAGGUCAUGAACGCAUGAAUUCAUUUUUCGGCAUCAGCAACAGAGAGCAUGUGCCUUAAUUUAGCAAUAUUUCUUAGGUGGAAGAAUGCUGUUCUACAAACAUUGGUAAUUUCAUUUUCAAAGGACAGAUUGGUAUCAAAUAUAACACCUAAGUUCUUCACUGUUGAAGAUGAUGUAACAGUACAUCCAUCUAGAGUCAAAUUAUAUUUUAGUGGCUUGUAUUUAAGAGGUUCUUGGUCCAGUAAUUAGUACCUCUGUUUUGUUGGAAUUGAGUAAUUCAGUACAUUUCAUAAAAGAGCCACAGUGGCUUAAACUUCUAUUUUCAUUUCUCUUUUCAUUUUUUUCAAGUUUUUCCAGAAGUGACGAUUUUAAACAUAAAUUAUAUUCGUAACUUGACUGUGACUACUAAAGCAUGUUACAUGAGCGAAUCAAAUUAAAGACCUAAACAGAUUCUAUGCAAACGCAAAUGUGAAUUCUUGGCCAACACAUUAGUUACAGUUAGUAACCUUUUCUGUGUGAAGUUAUAGCCAAUUUUACAACUUUGUUACCAUGACGAUGUAAUGUCAACAAACCCUAAAAUGACUGUAAAAACUGAGAUUUAAACAACUUUACAGCUCAAAUAAUGCACACGUUUUAACAGAAUGAUUUAUGUAAGUGCUUUUAUAAAACAAAAAAUAAGCUUAACUUUUUCUGUUGAAACCCUACAAAAAUUGGCCACGUUCAUUUUCAUUGUCCCCGUUCACUUCACUUGUCAGUGCCUCACCGUAACAUAAAUUUAUGUAACAAGAAAAGAGUCUAUAUUCAUUUUUGUGGUCAUCAACAUUAUGCCACAAAUGAUUUCAAUUGAGCUUAACUUGUAUUGAACUCAGAACAUUCAUUUAAACAUUCACUCCACUAUGAUAGUUGCUGACCUAAAAGAGACAACUGACCAUAGACAAAGAUUAUGCGCCAAUGCCUGCUAUAAAAAAACCUUGUUGUUACGCUUAAAAUGCAACUUGCAUUGUGUUAUGAAUUACAAAAUGAGACAUUUCCACGUAAACACUUGAAAUCAAUCUUGCAUAGUUAGAAGCAUCUGCAUUCACGUUCUUGCAUAGAAUAUGUUUCAGGCCAGAUACACAAACAGUCUUUUAACGAUCUAUCAUCGUAAUUUUGUAACAAUUUAAUACUAAAUAAUAUGCAAGACUAAAACAGCAUAAUAAUUUAAAGGUGAAUGUCGCUUUGGACUGACAACUAGUGGCGUGGAUAAAGCAUCAUUCAAAAUCAAUAGUUUCCAGUUACAGUCGCAUUAUAGAAAUGCACAACUCUCACUUAGCCAUCAUUUCUUAAACCAUUUCAAUAAAGUGUCCAGUAACAGAGCAUUUAAUUGGAUGACGCUAGCAGUAUUGCUCUGGUAGAAGAGAGGAGAAUAAAACAGCUUUUAUAAGGUUACUGAUAUGACUGGAGUCUUCAUUUUAAUGUGAGUGCUCAUGAUUUAUAAAUUUGUUUCAAAGUUACUAUUUAUUUCUUUAGCAGUAAAACGUUUUUAAAGAGGAAAAAAUGACUGAGUGCACCUUUAAUUGACAUGCAAAAUACAGUUUCAUUGUUUGUAAGAAUUUUUACUGGCCCGUAAGAUUUCUUAAAAGGUAAAAAGUUAGUUGUGGACCCUGGCCACAGUUUUCCACUCUAGUCAGAUAAACACAUGCUUGCACAAUAUGCAGGACUCAAUACUGUUUCCUCUCCGACAGCACGGGAUAAGACAAAACACAAACACGCACUACAGAAUAAAGAUAUAUAUAGGAAAUAGGCUGUAUUUUUUCAGACUGAAGAUAUUUUUUACAGAUGUUAUAUGCACAAUAUGAACAUUUUACAGUUUGACAAACACCACAAGGAAACAAAAGACAAAACAAGUUACAGCUGUUUUUAACAAUCCUGGUUCAGUGGUAAUCUCUCUCCAGUGUGUUUCAUUAUUCCAAAUUCACUGUUCAUAUUAAUGAAAACAAAUAAAUAUUAUGUUAUCUACUAAUACUAAUAAUUUAAAAGACAAAAUCCAGCACUUAAAACAAAUGUUAGGUUAAAGGGAAAGAGAUUCUCAGUGGUCGUCAGCAUAAAUAUAAAGCCCAUAAUUUCUGAGAUGGCCAUAUCUUAUCAGGUUAAACUGAAAGAAAGAAAUUUCUAGAAACGAUCACAUCAAUAAUUCUGUUUUAUGUGUCUUACUGUUAGUAAACAAUGAGGUUAAUCACAUCCCCAGUAUGCUGUUGGCAUUAGUGAGUGAAUGUGAGUCAGAUAUCUAAAGUUACUUACAAAUGUAUUUCUCUUUAUUUUUUUCUUGUUUUCAUUUCUUUUUUUACCAAAAUGAAUGUGUUGCACAAGCCUGCUGUGUGACAGCGAAGUCUUGAAUUGAACUCUUUAGAUGAUGAUGUAAUCUGAGUGCCCUGGAAGAGAUGUUGCACUAAAAUAAAAUAAUCUCAGUUUUGGCAAAAGAUGAUGAUGGUGAAGAUAUGAAUAUUGCUCCUAAAGUGAACUGAGUGAAAGGAGAAUAAAGAUGGUUUUGAGAAACCCCUGAAAUGUAUGUUGUUAUGUGUAUAAUAAAUUGUCAGUCCACCAGGAUUCAAUUCUGAUAUAGGCUAUAUAUAUAUAUAUAUAUA